AUGCCCGAGACAAUACAAACCCACGACAAGCUGCCCGCCGCGCUGGCCGCCGCUUUCACCAACGGUUAUGAAUUCGCCCAGGGCGCGGGCUACCCCCUGCCCGAAUACCCCUUUGUCGAACCGCCGGAACUGCGCACGGGUGAGGUCAAACGCCACGCCGUCGCCAUCGUGGGCGGCGGCAUCACCGGGCUGACGCUGGCGUGUGCGCUGGCGCAGUACGGCAUCAAAGCCGUGCUGCUGGAUGAGGACAACACCGUGGGCGUCAAAGGCGCCUCCUCGCGCGGCAUCUGCUAUGCGCAAAAAAGCCUGGAGAUCUUCAAGCGCCUGGGCAUUUACGAACGCAUCGCGGCCAGGGGCGUGCAGUGGAGCGUGGGCCGCACCUUCGCGGGCGCCGAUGAGGUCUACGCCUUUGACCUGCGCCAGCAGCAGACGCAUUCGCUGAGCCGCCAGCCGCCCUUUAUCAAUAUCCAGCAGUUUUAUGUCGAGGGUUUCCUGGUCGAGCAGCUGUACAGUCCCGCGCCCGAAGAUCGCCUGGUCGACAUUCGCUGGAACCACCGUGUCACCAGCUUCGAACAGAACCAGGACUUCGCGACGCUGCGGCUGGAAACGCCGGCCGGUCCUUACACCCUGGAGGCGGAGCACGUGAUCGAUUGCAGCGGCUCGCGCAGCCCGUUUCGCGCCUGGUGCGGCGCCACGGUGACGGCGCAGCAGGGCGACGACCGCUGGUGCAUUGCCGACGUGCGCUUCAAGAACCCGCCACCGGUGGAGCGCCACACCUGGAUAGAGGCGCCGUUUAACGAAGGCCGGGCCGUCUGGCAGCACCUGAUGGCCGACGGCGUCUGGCGCAUCGACUACCAGAUGCCGCCGCACGCCAAGGCCGAAGAGGUCAGCCGCGAGGACGUGGUGCGUGCCCGCCUGAAGGCACAGUUCAAGAGCCAGGCCGGCCAACUGCUGGACGACGGCGACUACGAGAUCGUCUGGGUCGGCCCCUAUGCCUACCGCAGCGAAUGCCUGGACAGCCUGCGCCACGGCCGCGUGUUUUUUGCCGGCGACGCGGCCCAUGUGAUGAGCCCCUUCGGCGCGCGCGGCGGCAACUCGGGCGUGCAGGACGCCGACAACCUGGCCUGGAAGCUGGCCGCCGUGCUGCAGGGCCGCGCCGCGCCCGCCCUGCUGGGCAGCUACCACCACGAGCGGCACGAGGCGGCCACGCACAACGUAUUGGUCACCAACCGCACGGCGCGCUUUUUGCGGCCUGCCGAUGGCGCCGAGCGGCUGUUCCGCACCGCGGCGCUGGGCCUGGCGCGUGAGCACGUAUUUGCCCGGCAGCUCGUCAACACCGGGCGCAUGUCGACGCCGAAUCACUACACACGCUCGGGCGCCUGUGGCCGCUCCGGCGGGCGCGCGACACAGAACGUGGGAUUUACCUGGCCGGGCGGCCGCCCCGGCGAGCUGCUGGAGCUGCUGGCCUGGACCCAGGGCCGCUUGCUGUUGCUGGCCUUUGGCGAUGUCUCCCCCGCCGCGCUGGCGCGCCUGGCGGCGCUGUCGGUGGAGGCCGGCAUACGCUGCGUGCAGGUGGUCGGCCCCGGCGAGAAAGCCGCGGCCCUGGAACACGUCAUCGACGACCAGGGCCACCUGCAGGCGACCUGCCACGUCUUCGGCCAUGCCUGGGCGCUGCUGCGACCCGACGGCCACGUGGCGGCCACCGGCGAAAGCGUGGACGCCUCGCUGGUCCACGCGGUGGCCGCCGCGCUGGGCGCCGGCGCCCCUACCGGAAAGGAGACCGCAUGA